CUGGGUCGUCGUCGCUGCUCCGCGGCGAGAGGGCGCGCCCCCCGCCCCCGCCCCCGCCCCCGCCCCGCCCCUCCGCUUCCUCCGGCUGCGGGCGCUGCUGCCGCUCGGCCGGCAGAGGAACUGGAGCGCGCCGGGAGGAGGCGGCCGCGGCGAUGGCAGGGAAGGAGUUGGAGCGGUGCCAGCGGCAGGCUGACGAGGUGACAGAAAUCAUGCUCAACAACUUCGACAAGGUCCUGGAGCGCGAUGGGAAGCUGGCGGACCUGGAGCAGCGUUCCCACCAACUCCUGGACAUGAGCUCAGCCUUCAGCAAGACGACCAAGAGCCUGGCCCAGGAGAAGCGCUGUGAGAACACCCAUUGCUGGAUUUGCCUGGGGCUGGCAGCGGGCGGUGGCCUCCUUGUGCUCCUGAUUGUGCUGCUGGCCGUCUUCCUUCCGAAGAGCGGGUAGGGCAGUGGCAUCCCGCAGGACAUCAGCACUGCCUCCGGGCCUGGGGACUGAGCCGGCUGGGCCUGGGGGACAGGCCAGUUGGCCACACCGGGCCGAUUCUGAUCUCCAGAGGACCCUGGCCUUCAUGCCCAUCUGAGACACCCCGGUGAGGUGGCCCCUCUGUGUCUCCCAUCCUGCCAGAGGCUGGCCCUGCAGGGCACCUUGCUGCACGGGCCAGGCCAGGCCGGCCCCACCCGGGGCUCAGUAAAGCUGCUGUUUGAUGAAAA